AUGAAAGCCGUAAAUUACUUAUCACUGAUUAAUCUCUUUGUUGUUUUAUUAAUGUCAUUUAAAAAUGUGCAUGAUAUUUCUUUAAUUAAUACAAAAAAAAAUCCACGUAAUAUAUUUUGUGCUAAAAGGAUUUUAGGGGAUUCCCCAUCUGGUAAUUCAUCAACUAGUUCGAAUCAAAAUGAGGGUAAUGAUAAUUCAAACUUAGCUACUAACAAAGGAAAUACAAACGACUCAGAUAAACCAAAUGGUAAUAAUAUACCAAAUCCUCAAAGUAAAUCUGAAAAUGCAAAUAUAUCUGAACCCGAUAAAGCUGGAAGUGCUUCAAAUCCACCACAGCCAGAUAAUACAAAUGGCGAUCCAGAAAAUUCCAUUCAUUCUGAAGAUGAUGAAGAUGAUGAUGAAGAAGAUUGCUCAGUGAAUAAUGGGGGAUGUGGAGAAAAUUUAUUGUGUGAAAAAAUGGAAAAUGGGGUAAUAAAAUGUUCAUGUCCAUCUGGAUAUAAAUUACACGGUACUAACUGUAUCGCAUUACUCAGUGCAUAUUCAGUAAAUUAUAGUUUUUGUGGAAUUUUAAUGAUUUUAAUUAUUUUAGUUUCCAUAAUAUAUUAA